CGACGACGACACAGACGAGCUGCUUCUCACAGACGACGGAGCCGAGGGGCAGCUGAUGGGAUCAGACGGCGGUGAAGAAGGCGCCUCAGGGAGGAUGAUCUCAGUCGCAGAAACGAGGCCGUGGGAUCUGAACAGUGACAGGCUGACAGAAUCCAACAGUGCACCGGGGUCUCCAGGUCCUGCAGGGGGCGCUGAGAGCAGCUCCUCAGGGGUCGUGUUAGACUUGGCCUCAGAGUCUGACUGUGAAGCUCCGCCCACAGCCCAGUCGAGGAGGCAGUUCUUCCCCGGAGCGGGGGGAAGUCCCGCCUCCCUGCCGGGGAUGUCCGAGCUGAGUCGGGGAGCGUCUCUGAUCAACUACGACAUGGAGCUGGACCUGUGCUCCUCCUGGACCAGUCAAAGCCUGCCCAGCAUGAUGCCUGUCCCUCAUAGGCCCACGCUCCAUGACAAGGUGCCGGACCUGAACGCCGCAGCUUUCCCCAUGGUGCUCGGUCUCAGCGGAUCCAGACUGGACCCUCUAGACUUGAACAGGUUCUGCAGAGACCGGCGCUUUGUCUGCAGCUACUGCGGGAAAUUCUUCACGUCGUCGCGGAGCCUGGAGACGCACGUUCGCGUCCACACGGGCGAGCGGCCGUACAGCUGCGCUCAGUGCGGGAAGCGCUUCACGCAGUCGGGACACCUGAAGACGCAUCAGAGCGUCCACACGGGGGAGCGGCCGUUCGCCUGCGAGCUCUGUGGGAAACGAUUCGCCGGGAAGCAGAACCUGAGGAUCCAUCAGCAGAAACACCACCAGGGGGAGCUUCCUGUUUAGCUCCACAGGAAGUGACUCAGACACUGUCAGCGCUAACCCGACUUAAACUCUGAUGGACCAGAACCGUACUGCUCUCUCUGGACUUCCUUUGUAUUUAUUGAGUUGUUUGGAUGAAUUAAUGCUUUUCCUAACAGUAUGACUGGUUUCACUUUGUCAGGCCUUGUAUACGUUUGACCUUUUGACCUUUUGACCUUUUGACCUGCUGUGGACACAAAAUGAAACUACACUUUCCUGAUGAAUCCUUACCUCAAAAAGAGCGUGGGCCAUUUUGGGUCCACCUCCGAGCUUUAGGGUGCAUCCCAGUUCCCUUAAUUGCAUCCAAGUGUCCUCCAAUUUGCCUCCUCCACUUGCGUCUUAGCCCCUCCCACCAGAGAUGCAAGGAAACGAAGCAGAGGAGAGAGGAAAUGAGGAGAUAUGUUUUAAGAGACAGGAGACGUCCUUUCCUCUGUAGCGUCACGUGAAGCGACGUCCGUUUGUAAUGACGACAUCAGCUGAUCACGUUCAGCUGUCAGUCGACUCACACAGCUGUGUUGUUUCUAAUAAAAUACACACAGCAGCAGUGUUUAAUCUGUGUACUUUACCUGAAAACAAACACCUGAAGAACAACCUGCAGUCUGCUUCAAACCAAAAGGACGAUUUCUACUGACAAAACUAUUUAAUAUUAAAUUGUCUAUUUAUUAUUUGUAUUUGUUUUGACUUCUAAUUCGACAAUGAACUCUGUAUUUUAUAAACACAGAUACUUACGUCUCAGGAAUACUGACAAUUAUUUACGAGUUCUAAAUAACAGGAAAAAAAGUGACAUUUUCCAAACAGAAGAUCAUUAAUGAUCAGUCUUAUAUGAAGCUUUACAAACGUAAAUAAUGAUGAAUGUAAAACUGACAGACUCCCUCUGUCAGCCGUUCAUUCACGUCAUCAUAAAUGAAAAAGGGCAAACAGUCUGAGUGAUCAUGAAAAGAAAACUUAUGAAGAAAUCAUUUAUGAUCUUUUUAUUUGAACACUUCAUAUUAACAGACUUUUUGUUUGACAGUUAAUCAAAAACAAAUCAGAUGUCGGGAGUGAUCGGCCUACACUCGCUUAGGUAUUGAUUUUAUUACAAACUGACACGUUUAGAAUCUGUUUAAAUGUCCGACGCUCCGUUAAGCGUCUUUUUAUUGUCUGUUUUGUCUCCGUUAUUAAACUCCGCUGAUGUUGAGAAGUUUCAUUGAAGUCUGAUCCGCUGCAGCGUCCAAUCAGUGAGUGAAAUUCGAUAAGGGGGCGCGUGUCUGUCAGUAAAAAGACUUCCGCAAAGUCAGCUCUCGUGUAUCCUCGGCCGUCGUUCCUCAGAUCUCCCUCCUCCGUUCAGUUAUAAGAGCUUUGGGACGAUCCUUAUCAUGGCGGGUCGAGAACUACUUCUGGUUGGGCCGAGGAGCGAGGAGACGAGGAGCGAGGAGACGAGGAGCGAGGAGACAGCGUUUAAGAGAACUGAGAUGCAGGGUUAGUGUUGAUCACCGACUGUAUGAACGACACUACUCCCAAAAAUGAAGCCAAACAUCCCCGAGAGGUCCGCUGGUGGAGCUGCGUUAUUGGCUCUAACUCAAACACACACACACACACUUCCUGAUUGAAGGAAGGUCAAAGGUCGCUCACGGCACAACAGAUUCUUCAGUCAGUCUGAAGCAGACACUCACGGUUUACGGAAAGUUUAACGACUCUUGUGUUCGUGUUUGUUACGUUUCCCUCUCACCGUUCCUCCUCCACUCUGAGAAUCAGCUGCACACAGCAACGCAGGCGCCUCAUUGGUCAACAGAGCUGUCAAUCAUGACGCUAUACCCCCUUUAUAUACGAUGAAACAAUAAAUAAACUUUUAUUAAAAUAAACACUCAGACUUAAAUCAGCGUGAUAAGAAAUAACUAUAAUGACCAAAACGAGCGUUUGUUUUGACGUUAUAGUUUGUCCCAUCUGUUAACAUGGAGGAGGCGGAGCAUACGACCUAUACGACCAGCCAUCCAGUAAGGGGAGUGCCACGUGUUCUGGCUUCACUUUUGGGCAGCUGUCUUGUCGCCCAUGUCUGUUCAUUUUAUUUGCUCGAGCACCGACAGUCGGUGAACGUGAGAAAGGAUUCAUGAGGAGAGUCAGCAGCUGUGGGAAGUUUGUGAAUGCUUCGUGUGUCUGAAAUUAAAAAAACUGAACGUUG